AUGGCGCUCCUCAGCCUUGCACAGGGCACGACGUCCUUGACGCUGCCGGUUGUCUUCGGCUCUCUCCUUAUCAUCUCGAGUGUGGUGUACUACCUCUUCUACAAGCCCCCCUUCCCGCCAAAUGCCCCAAAGCAGACGAGCGACCGAUGGCCGUUGCUAGGGUCGAUGAACUUCUUCUUCCGUCGCUGGGACUUCUACCAAAGAGCCUUCGCCGAGUCUUCCACGGGCAACUUCUCCUUCUACGCAGGACAAUGGCCCGUCAUCGCGCUGUCCGGCGAGCGCGAACGCAAGAUCUUCUUCGAACACAAGGGACUUGCGUUCGCCGAGGGAUACGCCGCGUUGCUGGGUGGGAGUCCGGAAGUGAAGCCUGACAAUAAUGUCUUCGCGGAGACGCACGGUGGCGACAGUGCGUUUAGUCGGUACUUCACCGGUCGACUGAUCACCUUGCUCAAAGGCCCCAUGCUGAAGAAGGGCCUGCCGCAAUUGCUUCUAGACGCUCGGGCGAGCAUGGAGCGCCUGCAAGCGAACUCGUCUGGCAUCACAGACCCCUUCGAAAGCAUCUACCGCAUGGUCUUCCAAUUCACCAUGCGCACCGUCGCCGCCAACGAGAUCGCCAACGACGCCAAGCAACUCGAGAAAUGCCUCCAGCUCUUCGAAGCCAUCGAAGGCGCCACCUCAUCCUGGUCCAUCGCCUACCCUUGGAUGCCCGUCCCCUCCAAACUCCAACGCACCUACGGCGGUGCGCAGCUGUACAUGAUCUUCAAGAACAUCAUCGACGACCGCCGGAAAACCGCCCGUCGCGAGGAAGACGCCCUGCAGUACCUGAUCGACAACGGCGAUAGCAUCACCGACAUCCUCACCUUCGUGCUCGGCUCCCUCUUCGCAGGCCAACUCAACUCCGGCAUCAACGCCGCCUGGAUCCUCUGCUACCUCGCCAACAAACCCCACUGGCUCACCCGCGUCCGCGACGAAGUGCGCACCGUCGCCAACAAAUACGUCCCAGACUCCAGCCUCCCGCUCCGCGAAAAACUCAUGCACAUCCCCAUCGAAGCCUGGGAGUCCGAAUUCCCCACCAUCGACAUCUGCCUCAAGGACUCGAUUCGGCUGCAAACCGCCGGCACCGCCUUCCGCAAGAACAUGUCCGGUCAGGAUAUCCCGCUCGCGAGUGGCGAGGUGAUUCCCAACGGGGCGUAUGUGACGCUGGCGGCGGGCGAGAUGCAUUUGAAUGAGAGUAUCUAUGAGAAUCCUGCCGAGUGGGAUCCUGCGAGGUAUCUGCCGGAGAGACAGGAGGAUAAGAGGGAAACGUAUGCGUGGAUGGGUUGGGGUGUUGCGCGCCAUCCCUGCCUGGGCAUGCGCUUCGCGAAGCUCGAAAACAACAUCAUCGUAGCCUUUUUCACAUCCUACUUCGACGAGGUGCAACUGUGCGACCAAGUCGGGAACGUAGUCGACAGAGUCCCCCGAGUGAACUUCAACAACCACACCGCGCACCAAACCGACACGAAAAUCUACCUCAAAUACCGCGCUGGCGAAAAACAAUGA